CAUUUUUUUAUUAUUGUUUUUUUAAACAGAAAAGUGCAAAUUUGUAUUAUAAAGCAAAUGCAUGGAGAAUUUUGUGUUAUAUGAUGAAAUAGGAAAAGGAAAUCAAAGGGUUGUUUACAAAGGUCGUCGCAAAGGAACUAUUAAAUAUGUUGCUAUACAUUGUAUUGAAAAAUCCAAGCGUAAUCAAUUGCAAAACAGUGUUCGCAUAUCACACCAACUAAAUCACCCCAAUAUUGUUCAUUUUUAUGAGUGGUAUGAGACAUCAAAUCAUUUUUGGUUAGUUGUUGAACUUUGUACUGGUGGUUCACUUCAAACUGUCCUUCAACAAGACAUCGUUUUACCUGAAAAAACUAUCAAAAGUUUUGGUAAAGAUUUAGUAAGUGGUUUGUUAUACCUUCAUUCUUUGGAUAUAGUGUACUGUGACUUGUCCCCUCAAAAAAUUAUUUUAGACAGUAAUGGAACGCUUAAGUAUAGUAACUUUUCAUUGUCUUGUUUGCGAGGUGAAGAUUUUGAUGAAACUAUCAAAAUGAGUUCAGUUUCAUAUAAAGCACCUGAGGUAAUUGAUGGUCAUUUGGUAUCUUUAGAAGCUGAUUUGUGGUCACUUGGAUGUUUGUUGUACCAAAUGUUUACUGGAAACACACCAUUUCAUGCUUCUUCAUAUGAGAAAAUUUGUGAAAAAAUAAGAAGUCAAACCGUUGUUUAUCCAAUACAAAAUUUAAAUGGAGGCUCCAUAAAGGCUACUGAAAACUUGUACACACUUAUUGCAGGGUUGCUUCAGAAAGAUCCCACUAAAAGAAUUGACUGGUUUGAAUUAUGUUUGCACCCUUUUUGGGAAGGUGAGCUUAGUCAUCUGACAGAUAUAGUUGAACAUUUAAAAACUUCACAACAAUUACAAGAUUCUUUAUGCAAUGAUUCAUCUCAAUUGGAAACUUUAAAUGCAAAUUUAGAUCUAUCUCAGAGCUGCAUUGAAAAUGAUUCUCUUCUAAGUCACAAAAGUUUUCAUCAGGAUUUUGAUGCUUUAGGUAAUGUCCUGGAUAUCCCACCUGAAGAAAAGUUAAAUUUACUUUCUUUAGAGCCAGAUAACAAUUUUAAUAUUGCUAAAGGAACAUAUUUACUUUCAAAAAAUGACGAUGAGUUAGAUGAGUUAAAUGCUGCUUCAGAUAAUAUAAAUACAAAUGAUUUAGAUCAAAUAAAUACACAAAAUAUUCUGGAGAGUUCUAUGGAGAAUUCUAAAGUUGUUAUUGACUUACUUAAAAGCAAUUCUACAACCUUAAAACAAAGCGACGGUUUUAUUGGUCUUAACUUAAAUGUCAUUGAUCACCUUUAUCACUCAAGUGAUCUUACAGUGACUCCUAUUGCAGAAAAUUCUAAGCUUUUAAAGCUAUCACUUCUUAAAUGGGAUGUAAGUAGUCUGGGUUUUAAUACUGUGAGUUUGCAAGUUUUACAAGACAGCAGCAAAGACUAUUUAAAGCAAUACCUUAAUGUUGUUUUUGAUACAUUUUUAAAAUUUCAUAAGUCCCAAGAAAAAGUUGGUAUACGCUCUAAGUUGAAUUUACUUGCAUAUCUAAUUGCAAUAGCUAAGGUAAAAGAGAUCUCAAAUUUGAUUUUAGAAGAACAUUAUCAACAGUAUUUACUCAAGGAACUAAAGCACUCUCAAAACAUUGAAGUCAAGAUACGUAUUGGGCGUUUAUUAGGAGUGAUUGGCAGUUGUUCAAGUUACAUUUCUCCCUCGUUUAAUAUGUCUGAAAUAUUUAAUAUAUCUGCAGAUCAAAUAAAACAAAAUUUUCGUUUAUCUCACAUCAAGCAAUCAUUUCUACCUGUUAUUGGAGAGUUUCUUUUCUUUGCUGCUACUCAAGAAGAAACUGAGAACAAAGUUCUUCACCAAUGGGAGCCUUCUGGUGCUGUAUUUACCAUAAUAAAUAAGUGUUUACAACAAUCUGAUGACCAUGUUGCUAGGCAUAUUGCAGCAAAAAUUAUAGAGAAUGUGACAACCACAACUGGUCGGUAUUGUAAAAAGUUUUUGACAAAUGAAGUUGGCUUGGGUUUGUGGAAUCUUUAUUCUCAUGCUACAACAGAUAUCGAAAAAGCUACUGCAGCUUCAGCGUUGGCUCAUCUUUCUAUGCACUCUCCUACCAUUAUGCAGCAUGUAUCUGAUAGAGCUGGUUUUAAUGUCUUCCAGGAAGCUCUUUUUACUGGGGUUUUGCAAAGUCAGAUCUCAUUUGUCACAAUAUUUGUAACUUUGUUAUCAAGUUCAAUUCACUUUAAACGCAUUAUGCAAGAAGAUGGUUUUUUAAGAAGAAUAAUCCAAAAUCUGGAUUCGCCUUCUUUUAUUUUACAAGCAAAAAUUUAUAUUUUACUCUGUGAAAUGAUUUCUCGUUCUCACGAAACACUUCUGAAUUCGUGUGAAUUAAAGUUGAUAGGACAUUUAGAAAAGAAUGCUAGAAAAGCAGCAACAAGUGAACAUAAUGAAACAUCUGAGUAUGCGCAUAAAUGUUUGGGUGUAUUAGCUAACACAAUAGUCACCAUAUUGCCAAGUGUAUUUGAAGGUAUACUACACAUUUUAGAAGUUGUAACUGGUCGUCAUCAUCCUAACCCAGCUCAAACCAAGCAGCUUAGGAGUCAUUUACCUUUAAUGACCAUUGCUCUGCACCUUGUCACCAGUUCACUGUUUCGUAAAAAAAUCAUUAAAUCUAUAGAUUUUAUUCAAUAUAUUGGGAAGAUUUUACAAAUGGUUAACAAAAUUGGUAUUGGAGAAAUAAACCUUUCAGGAGCCAGCAUAGUUACUCUAGCUGAAAACUUAACAUCUGAUGUGUUUUCGGUAGUUGAAGCAAUUGGACAGCAUCCACUUAUUCUGUUAGAAAACAUUUCUGACAUAGUCAAUCAUAUUCUUCCUAUGUUAAUAUUGUUUAGAAAAAGUGACGAUGGGAAUUUACGAAUGUUGUCUUGCAGAUUAUUUACAAACAUAGCUUCCAUAUAUCUUGAAAAGGAAGACGAUGCAACACCCAGACAAACAAAUGUAGAUAUUCUAAUAAAGAUGAUAGAAAAUACAUUUGUAAACGAGAUUGAAGAUUUUCUACUAGAUCAAGAUCCUUUGCCUUCUUAUUGCUUGCGUCUUGUACUUUUAUGCGCAGAAAGGUCCCCUCAUGUUAUUAAUGGUAUGCUUAAAGAAAAGGUCAUAUCUACCUUGUUACAUAUACUUGAAACUCAUCAAAACGAAACAGGCAAUUCAACACUUCUAAAUGCAAUUGGUUUGUUAAAUCUUUUUAUAAUGAAGAAGGAGCUAGAUUUUUCAUGGCUGUGCAAUUUAGGUUUAAUCGAAUACCUUACUUCAGCUUUUAUGGAAGUUGCAUCUUCAAAAGAGGAUGAUACAUCAUUACUGUUGCAGCUGUUAGAUACAAUACAACAAAUUUAUAAAAAAAUUGAAACUGCAGUAAAAAGCGUUCUUUUAAACAAGUACCAAAGCUCAUCCAAUAAAGAUCUCUCGUUAGAAAAAAACAAUGUUGAAAAGUUACUUAAACAGAGUAAAGGGCUUUGCGAGCUUAAUGGUAUAUUUGUUAAUUUGCUAGUUUUUGACGACGAUGACAUAAAAGAGUGGGCGUGCAGGUGCUUGUAUUUAUCAGCGGAACUUUUUGGUGGGAGUAAUGACAGCUGGUUUACUAAUAACAAUGUCGUUAUUUUUUUUCAAGCCAUUUUGUCAAGUAAUCGAAAACGCCAAAAGAUUUUAUUAAGGGUUAUUAAACGCUAUGUUACUUCUAAUGCAGCACUCAAAGAUAAAUUUAAAUCGUCUUUCAAUGAAAUUCAGCCCAUUCUAGAAAAUUUGAUGAGAAUAGAACCUCGAGACAGCGAUGAUAAAUUUGUUAAAGAUGUUAGCAACGACUUGUUAAAAAUAUUUUUUACAUAAUAAGUUUGCACGUUAGUACAAAAUAUCAUUGUGUACGGAAAAAAUGAUUUUAAAAGAAACUUCAUAAAAAUCACUUUUAUAUCAGAGAUUAUAGAAAAGCAUGUAAAUAUGUAUAUUAUUUAAUAUAGUGUUAUGUAUUUAAUAGUUUAUUUAUAGAAAAAAAAGAAAU